AUGACAGCUGGACGAGCGAGAUGGAGGAGGACAGUUCCCAAGAGGAAGACAGAGAUCUACGUGGCGGAUCGACGAGGAAACUCAAAGCACAAACAUGCCUGCGGGAAGUGUGGGAAAAGCUUCAGCCGCGGUUCGUCCCUCAACCGGCAUCAGAGGGUUCAUCUCGCGGAGAAACCCUUCACUUGCUCCAGUUGCAGGAGAAGUUUCACGUGCAGCUCGGCUCUUAAGGACCACCAGAAGACCAACUGCCAAGAGAAACCCUACCAAUGCCCCAACUGCGAGAAACGCUUCGCUUCCACCAAAUCUCUCAAAAAACAUUGUAAGCUUCACCUGGAGAGCGGAGCGUACCAGUGCUCCGAUUGCGGAAAAAACCUCACUUCCAACUCGGCUCUUAUCAUCCAUCGGAGAAUUCACACCGGGGAGAGACCCUACCAGUGCCCCGACUGCGGGAAAACCUUCAUGGCCAACAAAUCCCUCAACAAACAUCGCAAGAGCCAUACGGAAGACGGGAUCUUCGUCUGUCCAGACUGUGGGAAAAAACUCACUUCCAAGUCCACCCUCAUCAUCCACCGCCGAAUUCACACGGGGGAGAGACCCUACGAGUGCCCCGACUGCGGGAAAACCUUCAUGGCCAACAAAUCCCUCAGCAAACAUCGCAAGAGUCAUAUGGAGGAGGGCACCUAUAAGUGUCCCGAAUGCGAGGAAAUCUUCUCCAAAAACUCGGCCUUCGUAGCCCAUCUCAGGAUCCACAGGGGUCAGCCCCCUUACGUGUGCUCCGACUGCGGGAAAAACUUCUUUGACAGCUCAUCUUUUAAGCAACACCGGAAAAAACAUUUGGUAGAGAAACCUUACCAAUGCUCCAACUGCAACAUGGGUUUCACCAUUCACUCGGCCCUUCUCCUCCAUCAGAAAAGUCACGUCGGACCCAGGCCCUACGUCUGCUCCGAUUGCGGGAAAGAUUUUCGGGAAAGCACCACGCUCCGUAGGCAUCAGCGUAUCCAUACGGGUGAGAAACCCUACCGAUGCUCCUACUGCGAGAAGAGCUUUCGGGCCAGCUCCACCCUCAUCAUCCACCAAAGGAUCCACACCGGAGAAAAACCUUACAAAUGCACCAAAUGCACCAAAUGCUUCAUGUCCAGCUCUUCCCUCAUGAAGCAUCUGCGGACGCAUCUCCGCAAGGAGCUGCUGGUGGGUCCCAAACAAUGA